AUGGAUUUCAUAAAGAGUAGUCAAUCAAUUUUAGAUGAAAAGCGCGACUUAUAUUUUGAUUCAAUAUUAAAACACAAUGAUUCGCAGGACACGCAGGAUACAUCAACAGACACCUCAACUACACCUUCACUGCCUAGUAAUCCACUCCACUAUGGCUCUGAACUUUCUCAAUCUAUUGACUUCUUUGGUAAACUCAAAUUCAAAUUCGUUGAACAACAAACAAAGGAGAAUUUUCUAAAAUCAAUUUUGUCCUCACAACCACCACUCAUCACUCCAGAAGAUAAUAGCACAUUGGAAGAUUCAAAUAAGAAUGACAAGUUGUCUUUAAAACAGGCUAAACAAGAAGCAGAUGAUAAGACCAUCAAACUCAACCAACUCGUUGACUUUGUUGACAAUCAACACUCUCUUUACACCCAAGACAUUUCCACAACAACAACUCUCCUUAAUGAUAUUCAACAAAUUCAAUUGGAGUUGGCUAAGUUACGCGCUACUCACCCACCAGAACAACGCCUCACUCCUUCUGUCGCACAAGAAAUCCUCGAUGAUCAAAUCAUUGAAAUGCAAAAUUUAUCCGAUAUCAAACAAAAUCAAUCCAUAGAACGUUCUAAUCUAACACAGCAAAUCAAAUCCCUUUCCACACAAGAUGAACGCUUACAAUCUGACUUAUCCGCCGCUAAAAGAAUGGGAAUUGAUGCAAAACGCGCAAAGGAGCAUGUCCAAGAUGGCAUUGAAGAUUUAAAUAGCUGGUUAGACACUGCAACCAAGGUCUAUUCAAGUCUCAUUGGUAUCCUCGACGUACACACACCCGAACCUGCUACUCUGCAGAUUGACUAUGAUGCCCGCAAAAAUCUAGAUGGAAAGUUUAACCCAGAAACACACCCUAAAUGUACCCUCAAACUACAUUUCAAUCCACAAUCUAGGAGAUUUAUAAGUGCACAGCUAAUCAACCCUCCACCCUCCAUCAACCUAGACGAUGUCAUACAAGCUGCAGAACUUCACGCUUCUCCUCCCCGACUCAUCCAACAUCUAUUACAUAGACUAAGAACGCAGUGA